AGCCUAUGGGUGCCCGCCGGUUAUAGUGUAUGACAGCAGUCAUUCCACGCGCACCGUCUUCAGAGUCACUGCGUGUCCUUUGACCUCUGUCGCUUCUAAAAUAGAGAAAGGACCUUGUGGAGACUUGAGUCAGAGUUGCAGUUGUUGACUGCGCAGUUUUGGCCGUCAGUCAAAGAGUUUGGCACGUUGGGCUUCUGAGGUAAAGUAGCUACGUAAUACGUGAAACGUUUGCUGCAGGAAUUGCGAUGAUUGUCAUAUCGCGGACACAAAGUUCGCAUCACUUGUAACUUUUGGACAAAACGAGCUUCUCCUGAGGGAACUGAAGACGACACCUCGAUAGGUAGAAGACUCUUCUCCAGUUGCUCGUCUAAUGGGUCUUCUGUGCCUUACAAAUCCCAAGUGACGCCAGUUGAUCUGCAUCAACACAUUCUCCUGAUCUCUAGUGUCUCCAUCAACCAGUGGAGGGAGAUGAUGGGGGUGGGGAGCCUGCAGCUUGUUCUGCUUUUGGCCUUGACCUCCACAUCCACAGGCCUCAACAUCCCUCUGGAAGUGGAGCAGCCUCCAACCAUAAUAACUCACACAGCUGGUCCCAUUAUUGCCCUUCCUUUUGACAAGACCAUUACUAUCAGGUGUGAAGCCAGUGGCAACCCUCCACCAGAAUACAGAUGGACAAAAGAUGGCAAGGAAACAGACCACACGAAUGGAACUUUAGUGUUUCAAAUCGAGCACCUUGAAAAGUAUCUCGGUAAAUACAGAUGCUACACUUCUAACAAGCUGGGAACUGCCAUGACGGAGGAGAUUGAACUGAGAGUUCCUAGUGUCCCCAAAUUUCCGAAGGAGUAUAAUUCCCCUAUUGUUGUUAAGGAGGGAGAGCCAAUCACCCUGGAGUGUAACCCUCCAGAAGGCGUGGCCCCACGUAAAAUCUACUGGAUGACCCUUGGUCUCGAGCACAUUGAGCAGGAUGAGAGGGUUUCCAUGGGCAUUGAUGGCAACCUGUACUUCUCUAAUGCCUUACAGAAAGACACUCGUCAGGACUACUGUUGCUUUGCUGCCUUCUCCAAAAUACGCACCAUCGCCCAGAAAACCGCCAUGUCUGUUGUGGUCAAGAGCUUGAAAAAUGGCAAUGAAUCUGCUGACAGUGACAAUGCCACUGAAGCCCCCGCAGUGAGAAUGCCUGGCCUGCUGCUGCCCUCUGGUGUUCAGACAGAGAUGGUGCUGUUGAAGGGAGAGCAUCUCCAGCUUGAGUGUAUACCACAGGGAUAUCGCAGACCCACCUACUGCCAGCUGACCGUGAUCGGGUCUGAUGUUUACAUCAAGUGCUCGGUCAGUGGAAAGCCACAGCCAGAGAUAACAUGGAGGAGGAAUGGAGAGUUUUUCAGAGAUGACCCAGAGAACAACAGGCGAGUGCUCGAUGACACUGUGGUGCUCCAUAACGCCAGACCAGAGGACAGUGCUGUCUACCAGUGUGAAGCCUCCAAUGAUCAUGGCAGUGUUCUGGCCAACAUUAACAUCAUGGUCAUAAACAUGGCUCCUCGGAUAUUGACAAGGGAUAACCAAGAGUACGCUGUAGUACUAGGAGGGGAUGUCAUCAUGAACUGCAGUGUUUUCAGCUCUCCACCAUCAAACAUCUCAUGGUCCAAUGAUGAGAAAGCCAUCGAGGGAGAACGAUUUCUUGCUCUGAGUGGAUCUUUGCAAAUCAUUGGUGCAGAAAAAAACGACAGUGGGAAAUAUGUGUGUGUCGCCUUUAACACAGAGGGCAAGUCAGCUGUCACUGCUUAUCUGGAUGUGAAAGACCCUACAAAAAUAGUAAUUCCACCUCAGGACUUGCAGAUCAUCAGUGGGACCACAGCCCAGUUGAAGUGCCAGGCAGAGUAUGAUAAAAGCCUGCAGGGUGCCUUUGAGGUGGUAUGGAGGAAGGAUGGUGAGGAGAUCCCACUUUCCUUUGAGGAACAUUCCAGAUACUUUGUGGACGAUGGCAUGCUGCAGAUCAUGAAUGUGAACCAGAGCGAUCAGGGAAUAUACACAUGCAUUGCUAGAACCAGCAUAGACGAGGACAAUGCCACUGCACUGCUCACCGUGCUGGACAUUCCCGAUGCUCCAAAAAAUAUAAAGAUAUCUGAACUCAAGAGUCCGAGAAAUGUUCACCUGUCUUGGAUACCUGGGAGGGAUCACAACAGCUCUGUAACAGAAUUUAUAGUGGAGUACGAGGAGAACCAAUGGGAGCCUGGCAGGUGGAAGGAGCUACAGAAAGUUCCCGGUAACCAGGCAACAGCCGAGCUAUCACUACGUGGACACCUUAACUACCAGUUCAGAGUGUAUGCUGUUAAUGCUGUUGGACCUGGACCCCCCAGUGAGCCCACUGAGAGAUACAAAACACCCCCUGCUGCUCCUGAGAGGAACCCAGAAAACAUCAAAAUUCAAGGCCAUCUUCCUCAUCAAAUGGACAUUAGCUGGGAGCCGCUGUUGCCUAUUGAACACAAUGGGCCAGGCCUGGAGUACAAGGUGAGCUACAGGAAACUGGGGGUGGAAGAUGACUGGAGGGAGCAUCUGGUCAAAAGACACUCCUUUGUUGUGAGGAACACGUCCACUUUUAUUCCCUACGAGAUCAAAAUUCAGAGCAGGAACAGCCACGGCUGGGGACCAGAUCCUAAAGUCGUUACUGGUUACUCUGGAGAAGAUGUUGUCUUUUGGCAUUGUCUGCGGGAAAAUGUGUCAGUCCCGACUGCCGAACCACGGGACAUAGCAGUGGAGGUGAUCAACACCACUGUUCUGAGAGUUAGCUGGACCCCGGCUCCACCUGCCACAGUGAGAGGUCAUCUAGGGGGCUAUGAUGUUCACUGGUCGAGGAAACGGAGUUUGCUGAAUCCCAACAAGAUUUUAGAUGAGAGCCAGACCCUGUCUUUUCCUGGGAAGAGGACUCAUGCUAUCGUACCGGGCCUCAAACCUUUCUCUGAGUACAGGCUCACUGUCAAUGUUUUCAACAAGAAGGGCAAUGGGCCCAACAGUGACCCGGUCACCUUCAACACUCCAGAGGGAGUUCCUGCGCAAUUGCCCAUCCUGACUGCCUCCAACGCCCAGAAAGACUCCAUUUUGCUGGUAUGGGGCCCACCGCUGGAGACAAACGGCAUCCUCACUGGUUAUCUCCUGCAGUACCACCUCAUUAAUGAGACCACACUGGAGGUGGUUGAUUCCCAGGAGAAGAACAUCACUGAGGCUGACACCACCCAGUGGCAGCUUCAGGGCUUAGAGGAGGGCAGACUCUACCGCUUCCACCUCAGUGCCUGCACUCGAGCAGGUUGUGGACCUGCGCUGGCUCAGGAGAGCAGCACCGUUGCUCAAGCACAUUUGUCCCCGACUCCAGCUGUGGCCCCUGUUCAGAGCAGUAUGUAUCACUGCCUGCUGCAGCCGCUGCAGCUCGCUAACUUAGAAGUAGUGGUAGAGAUAGACAUGGUUGUAGGUGUGUUGGUGUAUCUGGCUGUGGCAUCAGUAAGGUUUGUCCUUUAUACAUGUAGUUGUACAGUUCCAGCCCUGUUGAACAUAAGCUCUUAUGUGAGUGACACCUUUGCCAAAAUCAGCUGGACUGCCAGAGAAGAGCAGCAGGACUCUGAGCUUUAUGUGGCUUAUAUGAAUAACCGUGAUGGUAACUGGCGGAUUUCAGAGGCUGUAAACACUUCUCAAAGUUUCCACGUAAUUGAUGGGCUCAAACCUGGGACGAUGUACACCGUGCGCCUCAUGGCCAAGAGCCUGCUCGAUAACGCUAGCAUUUUUGAAGACGUUAUCGAGACUCGAGUCAAAGGCGCAGCAGGUCAGCAGAGCGACUUUUCGACCCAGGGCUGGUUCAUUGGGACCAUGUGUGCCGUGGCGCUCCUCACCCUUGUCACACUCAUGGCCUGCUUUGUGCGGAGAAACAAAGGUGGCAAGUAUGCAGUGAAAGAGAAGGAGGACCUCCACCCUGACGUAGAGUCACAAGGGAUGAAUGAUGACACCUUCUGUGAAUACAGUGACAGCGAAGAGAAGCCACUGAAGGGCAGUAGCUCGCGUUCCCUGAAUGACGCGUUGGGGGACAGCAUCAGCAGAGACAGCCUGGUUGACUAUGCCGAUGGUGGAAGAGAAUUCAAUGAGGAUGGUUCAUUUAUUGGAGAAUAUUCCGGACGCAAGCACAGAGGCUCUGUUAGUGAGCCUAGUGGACCCAGACCAGUCACUGCAUAAAACCUACUUCCAGAUAAAACGGUCUGCUUCAAAUCUUUUCAAACUCUUUUCAAGAUACUGGUUAAAAUUUAGCUUCACUGGCAUUACAUAUAACUUGAAUAGUCAAAUAUGGGGAAAUAAAAAUGACUCAAAUGUGCAGAAGUUUUGCCCAGGGACUGGAAAGGAAAGAAUAAACCCACCAUACAUAUCAAACCAUGUAAGUCUUUGUACAUACUGUAAGAGAAUGACCUGUAUCAUUUGAUUUUUUCAAGAUUUUAUUAAUGAAAAUAAAGUGUUUUUGUAUCUAUAAACCAUGAUCUUAAGCUGUGUAUAUUGAACAAUGAAAAUGUCCAGUACAGUAUGUAUUUUUUUUACAGUGGAUGAGACACAUGCAGUACAAAUACAUAUGCAUGUACAGCCUGUGUUCAUUCAUUUAACACACAGUGGAAUCAAUAUCUGCUGUAGUCAUUUUCUGUCCAUUACUGUCUAUUUUAUGUAUGUAAUUUUAUGUUUCUGACUUUUGUUAAUAUGCAUGUUGAUAUGCAAAAGUGUGAAAGUUGAUAGUUUGUUUAUUAUCAACAUGCUGAAGAUACAUUUUAUAUCAUUAUACCAAACCUAUUUUGGAACUUUUUUUAUUGCUUUAUCAAUCAGGAGACAACAACGUAAACAUAAGAACAUUAACUAAAACAAAUAACAUUAACACAAGAACAAAUUUAAGUAUCAAAUUCCUUUGCUGUAAUUCGCCCAACCAACCAUGCCCCUGGUUAGUUGAGGGAAUUACAUCAAGGAUAUAUAAGUUAUUUAGCAAGACGGUCAAAGUGAUAAGUGUAUUGCUGCAUUUAUCACUGAAGACUUGGAAAUAUGAAUACAUGUAUUUAAACAACUUAUCUAAACUCUUAAUUGGUGAGCAUUCACUUUAAGGCCCCAGUAAUGAAGAGGAGGUUUUGAAACUAAAGCAGUUUGUCGCAAUACAUGCAAUGAAUCCUCACAUGUAUAGUGAAUGUUGCUAAAAUAUUCAUCAAGGAUGUACUGUAAGUAAAGUUGAAAUUUGUCCAAUUCAACAAUCUUCCUUAAACAGAUGUAACCAUGCCGAAUACAGCAGCGAUGCCAGCUACUAAGUAAUAAAUGUUUCAUUGGCUA